AUGCCCGAAAACAGUGAAAACAAGAGACAGAAUCAGAAGCAGAAUAGGAGAAGAAAUCAAAACAAUGACAGGCCAAGAACUGAAGGGCCAAAGAGGGAGGCUAUACUAGAUUUAAACAAGUAUAAAGACGAAGAAAUCCGAGUCAGAUUUGUUGGAGGGAGAAAGGUAACGGGGAUUCUCAAAGGGUAUGAUCAAUUGAUGAAUUUAGUUUUGGAGGACGUUCAAGAGCAACUCAGAGAUCCAGUAAUUGAAGGUAGAUAUCUUGACAAGACUAGAGAGCUUGGAUUGGUUGUUGUCAGAUGCACAAGUCUUUUGACAAUUUCACCUGUCAAAGGCAGUGAGAUAAUAGAUAACCCCUUUGUAGCGGAACAUUGA